CAGAAUCGAAUGCGGUCUGAAGGGGAAACGACGGGAACAUCUACGCGUGCAUACGAACCCUACAAUAUGAAUACGCCGCCAACCGACCAGCCAUCGCGUGUUUUUAACCCCUACACUGGGUUUAGCUCAUCCUCAACAUCGGCCAAAUGUGCAUCGGGAACAACUUCGCCAGCUCGUGAGCGCAGCAGAUCGCCAGGAACUCGUGUUCGCUUCGCGGAUACUGUAGAACCAGCGUACGGCAGCGUUCAAAGACGCCCGUUAACACAUCCUGUAAAGCUCAAUGUUAAUCAAAAGGUGCCCGGAUCCGACGUAGCAGGAUUUUCAAAGAUUGCCUUAGGAAGGAGACUUCGUAAUUUGUUCAAUCUCCACGAGGGUAUUCUUUUAAUGAUGAUGACAUCCAGAGUCACCCCCUGUGAUAGUUUAUCCCCUCUUCGUGCGCAGGCGGUGACUCUAAGUGCUGCAAUUACAGUGGAGGUCUAUCAUAAAGCAGAGUCUCCCAAACUGAGAAGGAGUUCGACGCCUUCGGUCCUCCGCAUGCCCAGCUAA